UCACUGUCAACACAACCAAUGGAAGGAGCGAAUCAGUCUGUGGUGUCAGAGUUUGUGUUCCUGGGACUCACCAACUCCUGGAGUAUUCAACUAUUUCUCUUUGUGUUCUCCUCUAUGUUUUAUAUGGCUAGCAUGAUGGGAAACUGCCUUAUUGUGUUCACUGUGGCAUCUGACCCUCACUUACACUCUCCCAUGUACUUUCUGUUGGCUAACCUCUCUUUCAUUGACUUGGGUGUUUCUUCUGUUACUUCUCCGAAGAUGAUUUAUGACUUAUUCAGAAAGCACAAAGUCAUCUCCUUUACAGGUUGUGUUACUCAAAUAUUUUUCAUUCAUGUCAUUGGUGGUGUGGAGAUGGUGCUGCUCAUAGCCAUGGCCUUUGACAGAUAUGUGGCCAUAUGUAAGCCUCUUCAUUACCUAACCAUUAUGAGCCCAAGGAUGUGCAUCUUGUUUUCCGUGGCUGCCUGGGUGGUUGGCCUUAUGCAUUCUCUGAUUCAACUGGCUUUUGUAGUAAACUUACCAUUCUGUGGACCAAAUGUGUUGGACAGCUUCUACUGUGACCUUCCUCGGUUUAUCAAACUAGCCUGCAUUAACACUUACCAGCUGGAGUUAAUGGUCACAGCCAACAGUGGGUUCAUCUCUGUGGGCUCCUUCUUCAUACUGAUCAUUUCAUAUAUUGUCAUCAUAAUCACUGUGCAAAAACAUUCUUCAAGUGGUUCCUCUAAAGCCUUAUCUACUCUUUCUGCUCACAUCUCUGUGGUGUUCUUAUUCUUUGGUCCUUUGAUAUUUUUCUAUACCUGGCCAUCUCCUUCCACACACCUUGAUAAGUUUCUGGCCAUAUUUGAUGCAGUUAUCACUCCGUUUCUGAAUCCUGUAAUCUAUACAUUUAGAAAUCAAGAAAUGAAGGUAGCAAUGAAGAGAGUAUGCAGACAACUAGUUAGUUAUAGGAAAACUUCCUAA